AUGGCCCUUUCUGGAAUACCACUUGCAGCAAUAUUUUCCGCCCUCCUGUGCUGCAUUCCUUUUGCAACGGUUGCUCAGAUGCCGAACAGAGGAACCACUCCCAGUGUCAGUCCCAGAGACUAUUUGCACCAUGUCCGACUCCUCAUCGGUGCCCACAGUCUGUCUUCGUUCCUCACCGGACUCGGCGUUCGGCUGUGGCUAUUUGGCCCGGCCAGUCCAACCAUGGCCCCUGAAACCGAGCCUGUAGGCCGCCUGGCGGACUCACUCCACGCGCUAAUCCGGGGCACAGAUGCUGAAGGAAGUAGCGAAGCGAGGGAGAUGGCAUUGAUACAGCUCUGCCGGAAGGUUUGGUCGGCUUUGCCGGCAUCGAACAUCUGGCAGUGCCUAUCACCCGAGGCUUCCGAUACACUGAGGCAGGCAUAUCAGUUUCUCGCAGUCUGUUCAUAUCCCAUGGAGGCACAAGCAGACCUUCCAUGGCCAGAGCUCGAUGCUUACUGCCAUUCCCGAUGCCGUGGGGCCUCUCAUGAGGCAGCGCUGGUUAGUGCAUAUCCUCUGCAAACAAGCACACGACUCGUACUCAGUGACAUCGAGUGCCUCCUUCUGCGAACCCAUUCGACUUGUGUCCACCAUCCAUCCGGCAUUCUAAUCCUGUCUCAUCUCCGAUCACUCCUCUCAAAUCUCACUAACGUGGUCGUUUAUCUUUCGAGAGCUUGGUUGGACCGCAGUUUGGAGAGUCAAGAUCCCAUUUUCCUGGCACCUAGGCUCUACUGGGUUGGCGGAGCCUUCCUAAUGACACAGAACUAUGCUGACCUGGUCCAUACUGGGAAGCAGUCAGCGUGGUGGCCUUUUGUCGCCAUGCUGCAAUGCCUCGCUCAUGAAAUCAACCUUUCAAUACAGACUCUUGACGCGUUCCCGGCAUCAUCUCCACCUAGGCGUCUUCCUCGGAUGGACACCCCGCUGUCACAGUCACUGAAUGAAGUGCAUACCAAUUUUAUUCUGGUGUCCCUUGUGGAGUGGAUUGGCCGGACACACCCUCAUUAG